GCAGUGGGUCCCUUCAUCCUCCGAUUACCACUGUUCCUUCCCAGUUGCUGUUCCGAUAGCGUCUCCGUCUUUGCAAUGAGGGAGACUCCUAUCGAUGGAUACGACUUCGAGAACUAGGGCUUCAGGAUUGCUUGCAAGAACGGUGAACCAGGCAGUCAUGCGACCACGGACGUAGAGGUUGAUGUUGAAGUGGUGAGAAGUGAAUGCCCGGACCUGAUUCCAACCUGGUGGUAGGAACUUUACCUCAGCGCACUGAAGCGGUGUCGGCAGGAGUUGGAAGAGGGCGUCACACGAUUGUUGCAUCUACCAGCUCAAGAAGUGCUUCGGUUUGCAGUAAUUUGAGAAGAGGACGGAGGUGUAUCCAAAUUACAGUAACAGCGGCAAUCGAUUCCGUGAUGGACGAUCCCAUGAUUCUGGAGAGCCGUCUCCCAUAUCCAGAGACGCUGGACAAAUCGGUUAUGGCAGCGCGAGCUCGGGAGAUGCAGAAAGAGCGGCCAGAAAGUGCCGUCGACGAGAAUGGUAUUGACGCAGCUUCUGGUCACAAGGAUGUGACAGAAAGAGGUGCGAUGGAGGCCACAGCAGUGGAUCAAUGUCACUCCGCCGGUCACGAUGCCACCAGGAAGCUUAGGGGCAUCUCCAAAUCUCAACAUGCUCAAAAGCCAGGGCCUGUUACCGUUACAAAUCUGCAAAGGAGACGUCAGGUCAUUCAGGUGCAAAACGAAGGAUGUGAUGACGAUUCUUCUACGGAGUUUGCAACUAGAGGGAUUAAUGAGGAAGCGAAAGGGAAAGCUGAGGGCCCGAAGAGACGCAGGGGAGAUCCAGCUGGAGAGGUUGAUUGGGUAGCAAAUGGGAAAACCAGGGGCGAGAAACGACGGAAGAAACGUUCACCGAAUUGGACUGAUGAGGAAACGCAGAAGUUGGCGAAAGGUAAGAUUGAGUUUGACGAGCGUAAUGGCAAUAAAGCAUCAUGGAAGGUCAUAAAGAAAAACGUGCGAGGGAGGACAGAGGACGAGUGUCGAAUGAGGUGGGAUACGCUUAUAAAAACGUACAAGGCGUAAGGACAAGAAGAAGGAGUUCGGGCAGCUGACGGAAGAGGAGAUCAAAGGCAAGAAGCUGGCAACCCACUGGGACGAAAGUUGGCUCAGUCUUGUACACGAGUAUUGUCAAACCAGAUCAAAUAAGAAGAUGACAAACCGAGGAGGUGGAAAUCCAAUGGAGAACAAGGAUACUUUUGUUUCAGGUUCCUCAUCGACUGCACGGCGUCGACUUUCAGGUGGUGAACCACCUCGUAACCCAGUUGCACCUGCGCUGUCGAAAGGAUCCUUGGGUGGGCAUGGUCCUCUGAGUGAUGAAUUCUACAACCCACAGUAUGAUUCAGAGGCUGCAAAAGCAGUAAUAACACCCGAUGAAGCCAAGCAGAGUGCUUUUGCAGAAGUGUUAUGUUUCCUAUCCAAUGGUAUGGUAAUGAAGGUGAUGUUGGUCGUAGUUGUAAGGAUAAAUUCAUGUUAAGGCAUAAAGCCACAAGAAUAUACGCAUCCUUCAAAGUUGAAGCGCUGAUGACGAAUGAAUUUGAAUGAUGAGACUGUGUUGAUUGUUACGUUGUUUGGUCGACUUCAUUGAGGGAGAGGGCUUUGUGCAAAAACGAUCUCAAUUUUUUUCAGUCCUGGUUUCGUAGCAACUCUUCGUCUUAUUCUAUAUACCUUGCACCUUAUUUUGGCUGGUGACAUUUGGGGAUGAAUGUUGUUGGCCUGAAGCUUGUGUAUGGUGCGAAGUUGUUUGAGGUAGGGGUUGGAACCUGUGAUGGGCGUGUGUAUUUUUUACUUUACCUCAGUGUGUGGGAAGUGCAUACCAGAGCAUGAGGGCAGUUUUCUGUAGUUGGUUUUUGGAUUGUUCGUGAUGAUUGGUUUCAGAGCUUGGCGUGGAGAGUUGGUUGUUCGUUCCUUUUUUGUGUAAAUUUGGUCUUUUUCUCCCUCUUCUUUUAGGUUUUUUUUUUUAAUUAAUUAAUUUAUUUUUGUUUUUGUUCUGUUUGGUACCCUUUUAUUUAUUUUUUCUGAUUUCCUUGUUCCCAAGAGACUUCUCUCAGUUCUUUUCAUUUCCUCCCUGCAUUGGCUUGAUUCCAUCCUCUCUCUCUCCUUCGCUUCUUUCUGUUUUCCCCUAUUACUCUGGGUUGUCCAACUGUUCAUGCGGAAACGGAAGCGGAAUUGGGAGCGAUAUGCAAGGACGGGGUCUAGCAAAAGCAAAUUCUCAUUUCAAGUGGAGCAACGAGAUGGAGCUGACUUCGAUGUUACAAGCAAGAAUGAAGGAGCUUCGUGACGUGUAGGGACCACGAGAAAUGGUCUUACUGGUGUCUAUUGAGGGUUGGGCUAAUGUUGCCCUUCCAGCUGGAGAUAUGCCGACAGCACUACUUUUUUUUUUUUUUUUUUUUUUUUUUUCCCAAAGGCACACGAAUCUGUGGAGCUCACCGUCACGCACUAUGACUAACUUACUUUAGAAAUGUAUCGACUAUACGCUUUCUGACACGUGGAGCUAAUCUAUGAUUCCCAGGGCCGUGUUUCUCGAGCUCCGCAAGACCUGUAUUCUGGCAUGGGGCCAGUACAUGGCACGCUUCCUUCGGCGGUGGUGGAGCCCAGUUCCUCUACGUCAACAUAUCAUCUCCUCCGCUCGGGUUCACCGGAUGGAGCUUCAGGUCCUGGGGAGCGAUAUGAAUGCCCAAGCGACUGGGUGCCAAGUUCACAUGACCCGACUGCAGCAGUCCACACGUCCCUAGUGCCUCACACAGAUGUCGACGAUCUUGCACUCCCAUUUCCUGAAGAGUUCUGCUUCGAUUUCGAUGUGGAGGACGUAUAUUCAGCUUAUGGACUCUUAUAAAAUACUAAAUGAUUUAAUAUUCUCUGUUGCAAGAACUAUAUUCGAAGAUUUAUCCGCUAGCAUGCUCCGUCUUGUAGGCGAAAGUCUUUCGGUCUUAUUCUCAAAUUGCAAAAUGCAAUGAAUGUGAAAGAAGAUCUUGCACUUGAAACAAGCUUAUAAUGAUUACAUUACUAC